CCGUGGUAACUUGAUUAUGGGAACAAUGAACGACUCUUACAUGUCGGAUACUGAACCAGAAAUCUUUGGUUGUCUUUUGCCUGAAGUUUUAAAGGCUGUAAAGAAGACCACAACAUGGAUCAUUCUCAUAUGCAUCUUUAUACCGAGAAUUUCUCUCAUAUGGAGAGCAAGUUUACAAAACCAACCCCAUUUAUGAACUUGUCUCGUGAAGCACGUUAUGAAUCUGACUCGUCUCUUCUUCCCUUUCUGUUCCGUCUUCUCAAUAUUCCCACUGUUUACUUUCUCCUUAUUGUCUUUUGACAGAGACAACAGCAGAGCUGCAGAAUGAGGCAUAAGACUUCUGUCAAGGUAAUCGAGAAACGGAAAUGGUGUCACAUAUGAAUGAUUAAUGCAGCAAUUAGUUGCGGUUCUUUAUGCAGCUAUGGCAUGUUGUGCCCUUCGAGCUUUGGCUAGCUUUAGAUUCGUCUUGUCGCUGCUCCUGAGAUGCAGAGGACUGCAUGUGGAUUUGAUGACCUUAGAAUUACUAAACCAGUAAACCCUUUGACCACAGGUUUGGUUGAAGCUUCUUUUUUUUUUUUAGUGGAUUCUUGUACAUGAGAUUUUCCAUCUUUCUCGUUGUUACCAAUUAAAGAAGGCGCCUAAUAUAGCGCCAAACCACCAUCGUUGGUUCUUAGGAGUCGAGCCAGAGGUCAGCAAUCGUCUUUGUUGUUAGAAAACGCACAUUUCUUGGGAGGCCAGUUUUUGUUCGUUAUUUAAGAAGCGUGGAUCUUCAAAAAAACAAAAUCCAAACCAUUCUCUCUCUCUCUCUCUCUCUCUCUCUCUACAUUCUAUCCAUUUCCGCUCUCAACAAGCCUUCUUCAUGAUCUGCGGGUGUCUUUCUGAGUCUCAAACAUACAGCAACCCUUCCAAAAUGACGACAACAGCCUCCUCCCUUGAGAACAGAACGGAAAGGGCGCAACUUCUUGGUGGUUCAAACAACGUCACAAAGCCUAAAGCCAUGACUCCUGAGGAAAUCAGAGCCAAAUACAGGAAAUCUGCGAAUAAUGUCUCUUCAGCUGCUGCCCACGCAAAGAACAUGCUUGUAGAAAGAAAAGAGAAAUUGGAGAAAAUCAGUCAGCAUUCAGAGGAGCUGGAAAGUAGAUCUCAAGACUAUGCAUCAAUGGCCAAGGAGCUUGCCAACAGAAUGGAGAAGAAGAAAUGGUGGCAACUCUGAGCCUGUCCAGAAGACCAGAAGAAGACUCGACGGCCAGUAGUGAUACUGAAGUCUGAUGUUCAAUUCAAUACAAUUCCUAGCUAUGCAUCUAAUUAGACGGUAGAGUUUAGACCAUACCAUACUUUCCGGCCUGCAAUUAGCAGAGAACAAUUGCUAGUGCUGGUACAAGAGUUUCAAUAAGAUGAUAUCCUUGUA